UGGCCCCACCGAGGGGCAGGCGGCCAGCCCAGCCCUCGCCCCCGCCGCCCGGCUGCGGCUGCCGCGUCUCUCGCCCCCCGCUGCAGAGAAGGGGCAGCGGCGACUGCCAGGCGGGAGGAGAAGAGAGGGGCCGCCAGCGGCUCGGGCAGCGCGCUGCGUCUUGGUCUCCGGGGAUGGACUGGGCUUCGCCCUGCGCCUCAGCCUGCUCGCGGAGAGGAGGGCGGUGAUCGACCGCCCAGCCCGCCAGGAAGGACAGGUACCCCCGCCUGCGCCGCGGGGCCGGCACGACCCUGCUGACGCCCGGUUAAAUGUCACGGCUCGCCGUCCGCUCCCCGCCGCCGCCCCGCGCAUUGUUCACCUCGGGAGGGGGCUGUGAAGGUGGCGGCAGAGGCAGCCUCGGCUGCGGCGCGCCCCGCCGCCGCUCGCCGUGAGGGAGCGUCCAGGCAGCCGCCAGACAGUGAUUUGGUUUCACAAUUCUCUCCUCUUUGGUCUGCAUCUUUCUCCAGUAUAGUAAGUGAGCAGUGGAACUGGAAAACUUGGCAGAACUCUUUGUCUUUCCUGCUUGUAUCUGUGGAAACUGGUUUGCAAGAUUGAUAUGAAGAUAAAUUGUCUGAAUGAGGGAAGUAGUGGAGGACUUUAACCACAAGUGUGAAAAAUGAGCAGUGCCGACCUCGUGCAGUGAUCAUCUCUAGGACUUGAACCCACAAAGUCUUAAGGUUCACUGCAAGCAUUCUGAGUGUGGUGUCGUGAGAGAUGCUGUUGUCCAUGAGAGGCUGGGAUUAUCAUGAUCAAGUGCUGUAUUUUGAUUUCAUCCAGUGGCUGAGAGAUUUGUGGGGUAAAGAGGAAGUACUGAACUUUUAAAACUAUUAAACAGGCCCGUGACGGAGGGUUAGCCCAGAUCAGUGGAGUCAUGCGUCACACAGCUCUAUCAUACUGGCAGCCGUUCCUGGGUCUGGCUGUGCUGCUAAUCUUCACAGGCCCCACCAUGGGCUGCCCAGCCCGCUGUGAGUGCUCGGCACAGAACAAGUCUGUCAGCUGUCACCGAAGACGUCUGAUGUCCAUCCCAGAGGGCAUUCCCAUUGAGACCAAAAUCUUGGACCUCAGCAAGAACCGAUUGAAGAGCGUAAACCCUGAGGAAUUCACUUCAUACCCUUUGCUGGAGGAGAUUGACCUCAGUGACAAUAUUGUCUCCAAUGUGGAGCCUGGAGCCUUUAACAACCUUUUCAACUUGCGCUCCCUGAGGCUGAAAGGAAACCGUCUGAAACUGGUCCCCCUUGGGGUGUUCACUGGGUUAUCCAACUUAACAAAGCUUGAUAUAAGUGAAAACAAGAUUGUCAUUUUGCUGGACUACAUGUUCCAAGAUCUGCAUAACCUAAAAACGUUGGAGGUUGGGGACAAUGAUUUGGUGUAUAUAUCACACAGGGCCUUCAGUGGGCUGCUUAGCUUGGAGCAGCUCACCCUGGAGAGAUGCAACCUCACAGCGGUACCAACAGAAGCUCUUUCUCACCUCCACAACCUCAUCAGUCUGCAUCUGAAACAGCUCAACAUUAACGCUUUGCCGGCGUAUGCCUUUAAAAGACUGUUUCGCCUGAAAGACCUACAGAUAGAGGCCUGGCCCCUCCUGGACAUGCUACCUGCCAACAGUUUGUACGGUCUCAAUCUUACUUCCCUCUCCAUCACCAACACCAACCUGUCUGCUGUACCUUACUCUGCUUUUAAACACCUGGUUUACCUGACACAUCUCAACCUGUCUUACAACCCCAUCAGCACCAUCGAAACAGGCAUGCUGUCAGAUUUAGUGCGCCUGCAGGAGCUCCACAUGGUGGGGGCCCAGCUGCGCACCAUUGAACCACAUGCUUUCCAAGGGCUCCGAUUCUUACGUGUGCUUAACGUGUCCCAAAACCUGCUAGAAACCCUAGAAGAGAAUGUAUUCCAUUCCUCCAAAAGCCUUGAGGUCCUCUGUAUUAACAACAACCCUCUGGCCUGUGACUGCCGUCUCCUUUGGAUUUUGCAGCGGCAGCCUACCUUGCAGUUUGGGGGUGAGCCACCGAUGUGUGCUGGCCCAGAUAGUGUCAGAGAGAGGUCAUUCAGAGACUUUCACAGCACAGCUCUUUCAUUUUACUUCACCUGUAAGAAACCCAAGAUACAAGACAAGAAGUUGCAGUACCUGGUAGUGGAGGAAGGGCAGACAGUGCAGUUGAUGUGCAAUGCUGACGGGGACCCACAGCCUACCAUCUCCUGGGUUACCCCACGCCGGAGGCUGAUCACAGCGAAAUCAAAUGGUAGAGCCACAGUGCUGGGAGACGGCACCCUGGAGAUCCGAUUUGCUCAAGACCAGGACACUGGGAUCUACGUAUGUAUUGCAAGUAACGCAGCUGGGAAUGACACCUAUUCGGCCUCCCUUACGGUAAAGGGGUUUACUUCAGACCGCUUCCUUUAUGCCAACAGGACCCCUAUGUAUAUGACAGACUCCAACGACACAAGUUCCAAUGGAACUAAUGCGAACAGCUACUCUCUGGACCUUAAGACAAUAUUGGUGUCCACAGCUAUGGGUUGUUUCACAUUCCUUGGAGUGGUUUUAUUUUGUUUCCUUCUUCUUUUUGUGUGGAGCCGAGGGAAAGGCAAACACAAAACCAGCAUUGACCUUGAAUAUGUCCCUCGCAAAAACAAUGGUGCUGUGGUUGAAGGGGAGGUUUCUGGACCACGACGGUUCAAUAUGAAAAUGAUUUGAUGGUAUUCUGCUAGCAGUGCUUUUUCUGUGGCAUUAAAACCAAUUAAAACAGCCUGGCAUGUGGAACUGCUAGGCAAAAGCAGCUUAAUGCAGCUGUCAGUGUAUCAAAAGGUUGUAGGAAAAUGGAAAGACUAUUUGUGGUUAUACAACAGAGCCUCCAGACCUUGAGGCAGAUGUGUCAGGGCCUUUCAUAGAACUGGGAAAUUGUACUAACUGUUUGCAUUGCAAAUAUUGGCAUUCUGGGGAUAUCAGCAAUGAACCACUGGCUCAUGCUCAUGGACAAUUGUUCAACAUUUUCUACUGCUACAAAAGAAAAAAGAAAAAAAACAAACAAAAACCUACAGUGUAGGAUUUACAUACUUAAAGAAAAAGACACAUUUGUCUAAAACAUACUCUACAGUGACAUUUGUAUCUAUAUAUCUCAUUUGGUAAAACUUUGCAUCCUCCCUUCUAGUUGGUUCAACGCCAUAAAAAAAAUUAGUAGUUUUUUUCUUUUUAAUCUACAUCUAUACUGUGUACAUUUUAAAGCAAUACAAAUGAGAGGUUGUGCUUUUAGAUAUCCACCAAUACUGACCCAAGUGUGAUGUCACCCUUCUUUUAACUACCAUCAAACUCAAAUUAGAUUCUUGUAGUUACUAAUUAGAAAUAACAUAAGAUAUUUUUCUCCUCAUGUAGAAGGCCAGAGCUGAACAAUUGAGACUAAAACCACUCAACUCUGUUGAUCUUCUCUUCGUAUAAAUAUAAGGCAUGUGCCUAGUUUUGAUACAGAAUGGAAUAUUUUUUAUAUCUGUGAUAUCACACUGGACCAGUUUACUGUAACUUAGCCCUGGUUCUCACCCAGGGAAGGCAACCCACUAGUCAAUGCUGGCAUAGAGGAGUUGAGUUCUACCUUGAAGAGAGAGAAUCGGUUUUGUUAGCCCUGAUUUUAAUUUCAAAGCUACUGUUAAAAUGUUAAUGUGUACUGGGCAAAAUAAAGAGCAUAAUACAUUCUACAGACUCCUUGGGAAAUAUGGUCAUCUUACUAUUUAUACAAAUGAAUUGAAACAUACAAACACUCUGCUAUUAGGAAUGAACUCUUCUCCAAUGCCAAGUAAACUACAGUUGUUCAUGCAUAAUAUGGGGAUUAUACUACUAAAAUAAUUAUUAAAACAUGAUAGCCUCAAAAAGGCUAACAUACUGCCAGAUAUAAUGAACCUCUAGCCACUGUCAUUCUCAUCUUGUAUAUUUGUAGAUAACACACAGACACAAAGCUAAUUUCCAAGAACAGAUUACUUAGCUAUUCUUGAUGCCAUUUUAACAACAAUGUGGUUAUGUUUCUUUCAGGGGCAGUAUCUUAGAGCAAGAGGGGUGAGUUAUUUCAGAUUUUUUAAAUUAUUUUUAAUGGAGAGAAGUCAGAAGUGGAAUAUUAGUUCAGUGCGAGUAACUUAUGGUUUAUUUCUUUUACGUCUCUAAAAAAAUUUGCAAAAGACUGAGAAAUUAAACUUUAUUCUUAAUCAUUAAUAUCACUAUUUUUAUUUGAAAUUCUCAGCAAUUGCAAGAUAUGAAAUUGUUCAUCCACUUCUCCCUUUUCCAACAAUUAGGAGCCAUAAGUUUGUCCUACAUAGCUGAUAGCAAAUACAAUUUUUAAAUGAUUGGCAUAAUCUGGAGUAAGGACAACAAUGCCUAUAUCUAUGUUUAACAAAAAAGAAUAAGAAAAUAUUAUAAGACAGAAAAUUCGGAUUAAUGUGAUUUAAGAACCCGUGUUCAAUCUUAAUAUUAGAUUUCAUCACUUUGAAACCAAAGUCAGGCUGACCUAUAAUGGAAUGCAGGUGGUUCUAAAAUUAGUAUCCACAUUCUUUGGCAGAGAUUUUCAAAGCAGGAUAACAGUCUCCCACUCUUAUCAAAGAAAAUGUGCCAAAAAUUGUAAAAUCCAGCUGUGCUCCCCAGAGGUACCCAUAACAAAGCUGCAGGACCCAAGGCUAGGCAGUUUUGAGAAUCUCUUUUGUUAGUGGUUGAUCUUUGGUUGCAUUGUGCUCCAUUUUAUGUUGCCAAACUGAGGAGGUUGCAAGGGUUAUUAGAAUUUUGUUCAUUUAAUUUGAUUUUAAGUUUAGAGAUGGGUUUUCUUGCUUCCUUUUUUUUAAUGCUCUGAACUAGAUAGGUGGAGAUUUAUAGAGAUGCUUGAUGAGAAUGCUCUUUGUUCUAUGACAGUUUGUAGAACAUUAGUAUAAUGGAAUAACCCCUGACUAAAUUCUAACACCAGGGAAAUUAUUUUUGUUGAUGUAAUAACCACUGCACUGAUGUCCAAAACUCUACUGUACCUUAAUGUGGACAGUUAAAGAAACAAAUGGGGAUAAAAAAAAAUGUUUCUGAACUGUCCAUUGAAGACAUUUGCAUGUGCCUUUCCCUUGUAAUUGUAAUUUUUUUCAACUAGUAAUCCAUUGCCCCUGCAGUCAUUUCAUGUUAAAUGUUGAAAUCAAUGUUAGAAGCAAAAACUCUCUUAAGUUCUAGACAUUUGCAGCUGAUUUCUUCAUAUUAAAUGACACAAUGAAAAAAAUCCUGAAAAAAAACCACCCUAGAAAAAAUGUACUUUUAGGAUUAAUUAUGAAUUGCUGUAUUCCCUUAUUCCCUUAGAAUGACUCUGAUUGCAUUGUUAGUGCACUGCAAGGAUUUGUGAGCAGAAAUAUGCUUAGUUACCUUUGUGAAAUGUGUGCUGGUGAUGAAAAUCACCGCUUGCUGUUGCUGAGCACCACCUUGCAGAUCUGUCAACGUUCUGUGUAUCGCCUUGAGUUCAGUCAGUAUUCAGUUUUUCAGAAUCAGUGUUUGCUCCCUGCCUCUAGCAGUGUUCUUCUUUUUGCAGCCUACUUUUUUCAGCAUGGACUUGACAAGGCAUAUGGCAUCUCUUAACAGAAGUGAGGACAGCAAGACUCAGAGACACACUUUUUAUCCUCCUCCAUGUAGUCUCCUUUUUUAUGUAUCUGUGGGACACACACUCAUUGUGGCUCUUUUGGAUGAAUAUGGAAUACAGUGCCAAGUUCACACCUAGAUAAGCACCUUUUUGGCAAUUCUUUUAAGAACAGGAUGGGUGAGUGCCUACGUGCUUCUGGAAGGAGUCACUUCUAUUUCUCUGCUAGAGAUCAAGGGGACACCACAGUUUAUUUUAUUGCAGGGGAGAAAAAGGACUGGGCUAUGAGGAGGCCACAUGGUUCCCCUAUCAUAUAUUCAGAAACAGGUGGAUAGUGCAUACCUGGUACUAAAAGUGGGAACAAAGGUUUUAAGCUACCUCUGACUUUUAUACAGGCUGGCCCCCAUGAUGGCACAAGCCUGAACUUACCUGGGAGUCAGUACAAGAAAAUUCUGAGGAGCAGCCACAGUUCUGCAGAAAUGGAGAAAACAGAAAAUGUCAAAACCGGCAAAGCAACUUGAGGAAGGUACCAAAAUAUCCUUGUCACAAGUCCUUUAAGAGAAUGCUUGAGCCUCCCGCAAAUAUGUUUUGAAGUCCACUUCCACAGAUCAGUACUCUUCUUUCAGAAUAGAUGAAUGCACAGGUGUUUACAGAAUCACACUGAAUCAUGGAAUUAUUUGGAAAACACGUCCAAGGUCAUCGAGUUCAACCUUUGACCUUGUCAACUAGACCAUGGCACUAAGUGUCUCACCCAGUCAUUUACUGAACACCUCUAGGGAUGCUGGCUCCACCACUUCCCUGGGCAGUGCAUUCCAGUGUUUAACAACCAUUUCUGUGAAGAAAUUCUUGUUAAUGUUCAACCUGAACCUCGCCUGGCACAGUCUGAAGUUGUGCUCUCUCAUGCUGUAAUUUAGUUGCCAGGGAGAAGAGACCGACCCCCAUCUUGCUACAAUCUCCUUUCAGGUAGUUGUAGAGAGUGAUAAGGACCCCCCAUGAGCCUCCUUUUCUAGCAAUUUAACAAUUCCUCACAGGACUUGCUCUAUACAUCCUCCAGGAGUUCCUUUGCCCUUCUUUGGACAUGCUCCAGGACCCCAAUGUCUUUCCUGUAGUGAGGGGCCCAAAACUGAACACAGCAUUCAAGAUGUGGCCUCACCAGUGCCAAGUACAGAGGGACAAUUCCUCCCCUAGUCCUGCUGACCACACUAUUGUUGAUGCAGGCCAGGAUGCCAUUGGCCUUCUUGGCCACCUUGGAACACUGCUGGCUCACGUUCAGCCACUGUUGACCAGCACUCCCAGGUUUUAUUCUUCUGAGCAGCUUUCCAGCCACUCUUCUCCUGGCCUGUUGCACUGCCUGGGGUUAUUGUGACCCAAGGGCUGGACCUGGCACUUGACCUUGUUGAACCUCAUAUCACUGGCCUUGGCUUCUCAAUCCAGCCAGUCCAUAACACUCUGCAGAGCCUCCCUACCCUCCAGCAGAUCCACACUGCCACCCAAAUUAGUGUUGCUUGCAAACUUACUGAGGGUGCACUCAAUCCCCUCAUCCAGGUCAUUGGCAAAGAUGUGAAACAGGACUGGCUCCAAUAUUGAGCCUUGGGAACCCCACUAGUGACUGGACACCAGCUGGAUAUGGCACCAUUCCCCACCACUCUCUGUGCCCAGCCAUCAAACCAGGUUUUAACCUGGGCAUUUUUUAACCCAGUUAAACUUUCAAUAAGUGAGUUAAAAAAAAGACUGAAGCAAUGUAUUAACAAAAGAGUUGGAAAUUAUUUAAGGAUGGUUAAGGCUAACCAGUACUCCAUCUCUCCUUAUUUUCAUAUUUUGAGCUGAUUCUCUUUUAUUUUUUUUCCCCUUCUUCUUCCUUACUAAUUUUGCAACAUCAUUUUCAGAAAGAAUUUGUUCACAAAAAUCUAACUCCAGAUAGAUUCAGACUGGGAGGCUGCUUUUACCCUCUGUUCCUACCUCACCAUUCAGACAUUCCACCAGAGCUAACAGGGUCGACAGCUCCACAUACAACUGAACUCAAACAGGAGACUUCGAGGUCCCUAGAGAAUUAUCGACACAAGCUGAUGUCACUAGGUGGGUUUUUUUAAAUUAAUUUUUUUUUUUACUUAUUGUCACACUGCCAUUCAAGGUUUUCCUUAUUUAGUGAAUGGUAGCUAUCUUUUUUUCCUAAUUUCUUUUAUCUUGGUAUUGAAUCACCUAUGACAGUAACAAUUAAAACACUGUAAAUAAAAUUAAGAAACAUUACACACUACAGCCUCAGCACCACAAACUGUAAUUUAGGCAUAUGAGAUGCAGUAAGAAGUCAACAUUAAUAUUUAUUGGAAUGUCUUAUCUAAACCUUGUGACAGGAGAAACUGGUGAGAAGAAACUGAGGGAUGUAGGCCAUGUUGUGACUGAAUCACAUCAAAGAUAAGUAGAAACAGACUUUGCUACACCAUGCCUGGAUAUCAGUUAUAGACAUUGGACUUUUCCUGAAAAAUUUUCAGGACGUGUGAAUGCCAGAAGCCCACAGUUAACCCAUAAAAAGGUGAAGUGUUGGCUGAAAAUCUGGUAGAGCAAGCGGCUACUGGCUGACCAAGUACCACAGCAGCUUCCAACAAAGACAGACAAGAAACUGUAGUCAGGCAGUUAUUUUGCCUCAUCACUACUGCAUUGUGUGAAAAUAUAGUCCAUUAUACAAUAAUAAAAUGGACAAUCCUUACCUAUUUUUCUUCAAAGAAGGCAACGUUUGUAUAAUAAACUAUAGUCUGUUACACCUCCAUCCUCAGCAGUGAAACAUCCAGCAAGAAGUGAGGAAGAGAAAGCCUGUUCUGACCAGUUUGCUAAUUAUUCUUUUCUCCUGAAUAGUCCUAGUCUACCUGGGGCUAGCAUGAUGACUACCGUGUCCAUUUCCAUCGUCUCAGCUCAUCAGGUGGCUUGACAUGGAGUAGCAGGGAAAGAAACACAUGAUCAAAUUGUCCAUCUUCACUGAAUUGUACCUCUGAUCUCAAAUAAAAGAAAGAGCACAACAGCAGAGUCUUAGAAAGGCCAGUCUGCUGCACCUGAUUCAUAGUUUUGCCAUAAGACAACAUGUGGGAAAACACUGUAUACAUGGUUUCUGACCUUUUUUCAGUAUCCUCUGAGACUGAUUGCUUUUUAUGCUAAAAAGAACCAGGGGAAAAAAAAAUGAAAAAGCUCUCAUCCAGAAACUUAAAACUUAAUUGUGCCUGGAGAAGUUAAAGGAACACUUUGGAAAAAGCAGAGGGCCUCAUUGUUGGAGAAUCUCUCAAGAAAUGAAUGAGAUUUUUCAAGUUAUCUAAGCAAUUUGGAUGCCCUGUUCUUAUCUCCUGUAAUAAGAAUUAAAAACUCAGCUUCCCUUAGCAGCUUAGAAGAAUCUCAGUUAGUUCAGUGACACAUGCUCCUUUUGUCUGUCUCCUAGUUCUGCCCUCUUCCCUUCUCAGUUUCAAAUGACUGUGAUGCCAAAUGAAGAUCUCUGGAUUUGGUUAGGUUUCACUGAAUGUUCACAUGGUUUUUGGAAUCUGAUCUCAAAGAAGAAUCUUAAACCUUCUUCAAGCCAAAAAUAAAAAUAAGAAAUCUGAGUAAACCUCCUCCUCCAAGUGAAAUAAACCAGCUUCUAUAAAAGCCUUGCUACUGAGAUAGCUACAUGCCAAAACCAAUCUGCAGGGGAUUUUGUUGGGGUUGGGUUUUUUUUUAUUUGGUGGGUUUUUUUUUUUUUUUUUUUUUUUACUAGGAGCAGGUGGUUGGAUAUAAGGCCAGCUGGAAAUAAAAAUCUGUAUUUAUAGCAUCAGCAGAAUGAGGGAAGAGCUGUCAUAGUCAAGAUAAACAGUCCUUGUUAUUUCAACUUAAAUUGAAGAAUACUUUAUCUUUCAUAUUCAAAUAGGUUAUAGAAAAGUACAAAAGAACAGACUUUCACCUCAUAAUUUGAUUAUUUGUAUUUAUUCAGCAGAUACCAAAAUUGUCAUGAAGCAGAAGAGUUGAAGAGACUGAAAAGAGAUUUUCUACUGUAGUCAGGCAACAUAAAUCAGGAACACCAUUCUGUUGCUCCUGGUUACACUAGAAAUUUGAUAAAUGAGUCUAGGUUUUUUUGCUUUCUACUAAGCAGGCUGUAGUGGAAAAUAAGUGUAACUUAUGUUUUAAUUAUUUCUCACUUUGUGGCAUAUCUUUUUUCUGGAUUGCUUUAAUAUUUACCACUGCUAACUGAGCUGGAGAACAUGAAAAUGCACAUUGUAGAAGAAGAGGAAAAAAGGUAAAUGGAACUCUGUAACCUUAAAGAAGUCUGCCUAUUUCCAAGCAUGGCAUUUGCAAGUCAGCAACAUUAUCUCCUCAUACAUAAGCCAAGAACAAUGGUUUAAAAGUAUUGUGCAUAAGCUGCUGCAUAUGCAGCUAUGGAGAUGGUUGUCAGCUUGUACACACCUUAGCAAUUCUGAUCUUUCAGAAAAAAAAAAUAUUAUUGCUUCUUAAAGAAUUCGUUUAUGACAUUUUAAUACCUAAAAUCAAACAGCACUUUGACUUCAUUACAUUGGGCACUGUAUAAGUAGGAAGUAAAUUAUAACACUGAUCUCUUGAGCUUGCAGCCAUAAAGUAGGAAUUUGGCUUUUGAGCAAGUACACUUGAUAACAAGUCUCUCAUUGUUUGUGGAGGGAAUGCCAUAGUGCAGGUAUAUUAAAAUAUCAUCACACUUAACUAAAAUCUGUUUGCAAGCACAUGUAGUUCAUAUGUACAUGUUUGUGUGUGGAAAAAAAAAAAAGUUAUAUUUGUUUUGUUCUUUCCUUAAUUCAAGUAUUAAAUGUAUAUUGUUUUUAAAAGGUGACAAGGUUAACAAGAAAAAAUUGUGCUGUAAUUUAUUUUAAUAUAUAUGAUCAUGAAUAUAGAUGGGAAAUGAAACAGCCUUGCUGUCAUGAUCCAUGAAGCACAUGAGAAUUCAGAUUUGUCCAUAAGUUCACUUCAUGUUUGAGCAAAAUAUACUAAUAUAAUGGGGGGGGGGAAAAAAAAAAAAAAAAAAAAAAAGCUUUGUUUGUCAAGACAGUUGUCCUGAAUGUUAUUUUAAAAGUUACUUUAGGGCUUAUGUCAUGAUGUGUAUCAUGCUUAUCCACAAUGAAACCCAAAUAAAUAAUUCCAUGGAGUGGCAAAA